UGACGUCUACGUCUCCAUUAGUUUGUUCGUGUUCUGUCGAACGUGAGUUUAUUUACGGUUUCACGGAUAACUUUACCCUCCUGAAAAUAUUAAUAUGAAACAGGAGUUGCAAAAAUUUUCGCACAACUCAACCUGACCUUAAAAUCAAUGAUUAAUCGAACUCUAAAAAUCGUUUGAUCGUUCGACGCAGGAGUUGUGUGAAAAAUCGUCAGCAUGGCUGAACGUCGUCGGACAGAUCCAGUGGUCACCCAGCGUAUUUGGGAUAGCAUAAAGUUCAUUGUACAUCAAAGAACUUUGCCAAACGAGGAACGAGUCAGGCGCCACAUAGCUCGGAUGUAUGGAAAGUCCGAGCAAACUGUACAAGAGGAUUUAAACAAUGCAGUCAAAGAUGGGCUUGUUCAGCUGAAAAAAGUCGCUAAUAAAAAUGGUGUCGAACAAGAGAGCUAUAGGAUUCCUGUUGAAUUAGUUGAGACUGAUGGACACGACUGGUACUGUUAUAAAUGCCAAAGAGCAGGAGUGGUCGAAUGUUGCCAAAAAUGCCACAGAGUAUUCCACAAGGAAUGCCACGUCCCAGAAAAUCUCGAAUUAAAAUACUGUAAUUUUUGUGAAAAAAUAAACAAUGACGUAUUCGGUGACAAAUCCGACUUGAAUCAUAUACUUAACUUUACGUGUGGUCACUUAAAAGCAAAGUUACCACCAGAGAUUACAAAUCGAACGAUUGUUUUUGAUAAUACGCCGGUUGUCACACCAUCAGGUGGCUUCUCAGGGCCAACUUGGGUUAGUGAGGGAGAGGAUUCUUGGCGUCCAGGAAUAUUGAUCAAGAAUCACAUGGACUUGGCUAUCAUGGAUAAAAAAACAAAACGUAAAGAAUAUAACAACCUUGCGGAAUUUGAGACCGACGCGCAUAAUAUAAUGCAUAAUAUAAUCGUGUAUCAUGGAGAAAGUAGUGCGAUAGGCGAAAUGGGCAUUACAAUGUACCAGGAUUGCUGCUACGAUCUACAAGAGAUUCGUCGCUGUGCCGAUUGCUAUCGAAUAUCUAAUGAAAAAUCUGAGAAAUUAUGGUUUUGUACACCUUGCAACCCACCGCAUCAACUUGUUUAUGCAAAACAGAAGGGAUAUCCGUACUGGCCAGCCAAAGUAAUGCAAAUAAACAACGACGUGUAUGAUGUGCGAUUUUUUGGCGGCCAUCAUAUGAGGGCAAACAUUGAGAAGAUUUUCAUACGCCCGAUAACGGUCAAUUUAAACACACUGCAGUCAGAGAAAGGAAAAUGGAAGGAAAUUAAGAUCAAAAGAUCGGCAGCCUGGAACCGGGCAUUCGAGGAAUUGAAACGCCACAAAACUUUACUUGCUCAGCUAGCAAAGUCUGAAACAAAAGAUGCUGAACUUUCGGAUGAUGAAAAUGGUGUCAAACCAGCAAAAAUUCGUCACAUAGAAUCACCAGGACUGAAUAGCUCGAAAAACUCCACUUCGAGCAAGUCGAUGACCAUUUUCAAAGACUUAAGAGUAAAGGUAGAACGUUUGAGUACUGAGGGUCGUUCGGACAUGCAAUCUACUUCCGGAGAACUUGAAGAAAAAUUGAAGAAAUCAACGAGUAGAACGGCCAGUGAGGAGCGAAAAGCUACACCUGGAAGCAGGAAAACGAGUGAAGAAAGACAAGUGCCGUUCUUGGCUGUUGCUGAAGAUGAACCAGCCAGAGAAAUAUGCAGCACUUGUCCGCAAGGCUUGAAAAAGGAAGGAUCACAAGAAGAUAUGGUUACAUCAAGUUCUCAAGAGCCAAGAUCCAAAUGUGUACUUGUUCAAACUGAACAAAUACAAUCAGAAGUUCUUCCAGCUAAGGUAAAAAGAGGUCGCAGGACCUCUGAUCAGCCAAUGACGACGGCAUUAGAAAAGUUACGACGAGAAUUGGAGUUGGACAAAUGCAAAGAAUUGGAAAAACUUCAAGCAGAGCAUGCUAAAGAAAUACGUCAAUUGACUGAUAAACAUCAGCAAGUCGUAUCAGAGAUAAAAAAGAAGCAAUGGUGCUACAACUGUGAAGCAGAAGCAAUAUAUCAUUGUUGCUGGAAUACGGCUUACUGCAGUAUCGAAUGUCAACAAUUCCAUUGGCAGCGUGAACAUAAAAGAGUUUGCAGACGCAAACGCUAAACUUUUCAGCUAUUUUAAGCAAGUACAAAAAAUGUUUAAGGCUUUAAAAAGCUGGUUAAAAUGACUUUGGUUGAUAAUUGCCCUUUUUAUUAUUUGGGCUCCUGUUCCCUUAAAAGGUAAAAAGCCAUUAUACGCACCGAAUUCUAUAAAGUAGCUAAUUUAUGCAUUGAUACAGUAACAGCUUGUAAAUUUAUUCCAUGUUCGAAUUAUUCUUUAUGUGCAAUACCUAUAGAAAUCUAUUAGACGUCCUACUCUAUCUAGUAGACGACUACAAUACGUCCUAAAAAAUCAAUAAUUAUUAUAUUAUAUUCGGAUUGAAUUGAUCUACCAAAAAAUCUAAACGCAUCAGCAUUAUGUUUUUUCAACACUAUAUUAAUUAAUAAAAUAUGAAAUCAUUAUCCUAUGAGAAACAGACUUUUGAGGGACACUUUUGUGGACUAAAUUUCUGAAUUAUUAAUAAGCUGUUUUUCCUAGGUACAUGCGACCUCGCAUGAAGAAAAACUCUCUGUUCUUGAAGCUUUUCAUUUCAUCUUGACAUACUGAUUUCAUAUAGUGUAAAAGUUCCUCAUAUUACCGAAAUUAUACUUGCUUUGAAACUCUUUCAAAGCAAGGGAGUAAUUGUCUUAGGUCUUUGUAAACAACGAGCAAUAUGUGAAUGUUUGAAUGAGUCGAAGAUCAGUUAUAAAUAGCCCACGUAUUCCCCGGAAUAUCAUAAAAGAACAGAAUUUACAUUCGUUAUUUUUCUACGAAUAUUUGAGUAGUGUAUAUCGGAAGGUGAUAUAGCUGAAGUUCAAAUACCUUAUUCAUUCGUCAGUCAUACAAAUCCUAGGCAGAUGCUUUUUGCAGCUUGAAUUACUUUUAAUUAACUGUUGUUGUUCUUUCACUAUUAUCAGCGUUACAAUCAUCAUCUUUCUUGAUUAACAAAGAGAGAAAUUCUAUUCUCUACCCACAUAUAUUUUAAAAGAAUCGAAACCGGUUGGUAGUUAUAAAAAUUCACAAAAAUCUUUUGUGGCCUUGUCAGUAUUUUUACUACUAUAAUAUACUACUCUUGUCUAUGGGAAUAAUUAUACACAUAUCUUCGUUCAUUAUAAGAAUUAUUAUGAAACAAUACGUAAGCAAUCAUAUAAUUUAAAACCACUCCAAUAAAGGGUUUGUCACAAAACAGUAGCAUCUAUGAAGUCAAAAACAUGAACCCAAUCAACAUAUACGUUUUUGCAAAUGGCAGACGUUGAGUCUGGCGAAUAUUUUUCACACCUAUUUUUGAACUUUAAUAAAAGUUUGUUGUUUCAUUUGUUACAUAUGAUCAGUACUUGCUCAGAUUUCAUUUGAACGAGCGUAUAUUAAAAACUUGAUCUACUACAGCAAACCUGUGGAUUAAAUCUUUACCUAUUCUGUAGGUAUUUUUGAGAGUAAGAUCAUUCAUGUUUCACAAUGAGUGAUAACUAGAUUUCAAUCUAAGAACAAGUCAUCUUACUAGUGAAACAUUCUAAUUUUCCGGGAACUUGGAAUCUGUUGUUACAAUAAUGCACCCUAAUCGCACUAUAAUGGGAGCCCAAAAUCGCCUUCACUUUAGUUUGCUCAUUACCGGUAGAAACGGUUUGUGUUGAUCAAAAACGAUCCGCGAAUUUCAGUUUAAACCUGUUCUUGAUUAUACAAUAUACCGUUAUUUCUUAAUCUGUAAUCUAAUCGAUAUUAUUUAAGGUGAAAAUGAUAUAAUUAAUCAUUAUGUUAAUAUUAAAUAUCUUUUAUAAAUAUUAUUAGGUCACAAAAAAAAGGUAGGAAAGAGGAAUAAAAAUUUAUUCAAAAGUCAAAUGGUUCUUAUAGUACUCACAACAAAUUUAUAACUCAUUGUAAGUGAUCAGGAUGACCCUGCGUAAUUUAAAUCCUGAUCACUUAUGGGUCAUGCCCUGCCAAGUCACUGAGUCGCCGACCUUGACAGUUUUUGAUUUGGCUGAUUUUUUUCAUAUACUUAAACUUGGUUCAGCAAGUCUUCUGUGCGUAGUUCAGAGUGCUGAAGAUUCUUACUCUGCAUAAUUGGUGCUGAUACAAAAAAAAAUUUCCAAAGUCACACGACAGUGCCUAUCUGAAAUACUAUUCAUACAAACUUUCAUUCAAAUUCAUACAAAUCUCUUAUUAGCUUAUGAAUUUCCAGAAACCUGUCAAGAUGAACUGUAUAGAGAGUAGAAGAAAUUUGAAGUAUUUGACAUGACAGGUUUUUUUUUCUCAAUUUAUACACGAAUGGUUUUUGAUGGGUAUUCCGGUAUGAGAAAAAGAAUUAACCAAAUGAAAAAUAAUCAAUAUCGGAAUUUUGGUAAUUUGGCAUGGGAAAUUUCUUACACGUUAUUGUAGAAUCAAAUCUGUAUACACUUUAAAAAGUUGGCAUGAAAGAGAAUACAUAAAGCGUUGAAUUUGCAAUCAGUUCUAAACAAAUUGAACACGCAUUUUGAAUAUUUGGCAAAGUAGAAAGUAUUUAUUUCCAUCCAUCAUUGGGGAUUCCGUUAGUAUUCGUUUGAUUGCCAGUUAAAUAACUUAAUUAUAAUGUUAUACAGUUACACUUUCAUCACACUUGUUGGACAUGUGUAUUCUUUAUAAAGUUAAUAAAGCUGCUGGGUAAAAAAAUUUUAAUAAUAUGUAGAAUAUAUUAAUAUUUAUUUACAUUUUACAUAAGUAUGGUUUGAUUAUCCGAUAUAGAUAUUAUAUUGAAGUGUGUUUUUGCAUACCUAUAUAAUGGUACUUCCAAGUAUAUAUUGCAAAGUGAUUCAAAACCUCACUUACUGUUAAUAUGUGUUGUAUGUCCAAGUUAUAAACUAUAUAAACUAUGAAGUAAAUUCUAAAACCUGCAGAAAAAAA